GUAAUGGAAUUUGUAGUCAAUUUAGUCACACAGUAUACGGUCCAAAGGCACGAGGAUGAUUUCAUUGAUCGCCUCAACUUUCAGUACAGUGCAUACGUUUUUGCUCUUUCUGCAUUGGUGAUUGGGUAUCAUACGUACUUUGGCAGAGCCAUUUCCUGCUGGACACCUGCUGAGUUUAAAGGCGGAUGGAAUGAAUACACAACAGACUACUGUCUGAUUGAAAAUACCUACUACGUCCCUCUAGAAGACCCUAAUAUGCCACCAGAGCGUUAUCGAGAAGAAAAGGAACUUUCAUAUUACCAGUGGGUUCAAUUUAUCCUGGUCUUCCUCGCCUUCCUCUUCUACCUUCCAUAUUUGUACUGGAGUACUGUCAAUUGGUGGUCGGGGCUUCAAGUAAAAGCCGUAGUAGAUGUUGCAUGUAACUUGGAUAAAACUGAUGUGGGAAAGCGAAAUGCUGGAAUUGAAAAGAUUGCAAGUCACUUGAAGAAGUAUAUUGAUCGACAAGGAAGAAAAAGUCCGAUUCCAUUGAUUCCAAAUAUUAUUGGAAGAAAUUGGGUUUCUUUCAAUUAUAUCCUCACAAAAUUCCUGUUUCUGGUAAAUCUUAUUGCACAAAUGUUCCUGAUUCAUUUCUUCCUCGGGUUCGAUUUGGAUGACUUUAUAAGUCUCCGUGUUGGAUUCGGAAGCAACUGGAUCGCUAACGGAAUCUUCCCAAGACAAACAAUGUGUGAUUUUGAGAUUCGCAAGAAGGGAAGUAUCCAAAAGUACAGUGUCCAAUGUGUUCUUUCAAUGAAUAUGCUAAAUGAGAAAGUAUUCCUUGCACUCUUCUACUGGAUCAUUGCAUUGUUCUUCCUUACCGUCUGGAAUCUCUUCACGUCUUUCCAACAUUUCUUCCAUGCUUCGUCUAGAAAAGAAUUUGUAAGACGAAUGCUCAGCGCAGGUGGUCAUACUUUAACUGACGGUGGACAUGGAGAAGAAAAAGUUCCCCUUGUGGAACGACCUGAUGGCACUUACUCGAACGACUACAAUCGAGUUCUUUCCAUCAAUCCAGACAUUGUCGUAGUGUUACACUUAAUUGCCAAGAAUGCCGGAGAUAAUGUGUGUCAGAAUGUAGUCGACAUGUUAUUCCAAAAGCUUUCAGAAAAAUCUCAAUAAUUUUAGAUAAUUAUUUUUAAAGUAAUUAUGUGCCAACUGAUAUUAUAUUGUUUUUUGAAUUUAAUAAAUCAAAUAAAUUAUAA